CGGAUUAAGUGGCCCCCAGCCAGCAAGAGGAGCGAGUGGCAGCAGUUUGACAAGGAUGUGUCAAACAUCAUCCAGGCCACAGCCAAAGGAGACGCAGACAGCCGACUCACAUCAAUGACCACCAUCAUCAUCAGCUAUGCCUCAGAAAGAUUUGGGCAGGUGGACAAAGGAAAAUCAAAACCCACUUCCUACACAAUGAGCCGAAGGGCCACCCGGAUAUAUCAUCUGCGCCAGGAGCUUCGUACCCUCAAGAAGCAGUACAAGGCUGCAACUGAGGAGGAGGAGCAACCCUUAGCGGAACUGAAAAACAUCCUGCGCAAGAAGCUGAUGACUCUUCGCAGAGCAGAAUGGCACCGGAGACGGGAGAGGGAGAGGGAAAGGAAGCGGGCGGCUUUCAUCACCAACCCCUUUGGCCUUACCAAACAACUGCUAGGGGACAAGCGCAGUGGCCGGCUUGAGUGCUCUAUAGAGCAAGUAAACCGCUUCCUCCAGGACACUGUGAGCGACCCUGUGAGAGACCUGGAACUGAAGCCCAACAAAGCUCUCAUCAGCCCAGAUCCCCCAACAACAGAGUUCAACCUGAAGGAGCCAAGCCUGAAGGAGGUUGAGGAGGUUGUCAAGGCGGCCCACUCUGCGUCAGCACCAGGCCCCAGUGGAAUUCCUUAUCUGGUCUACAAGCGCUGCCCGGAGCUUCUACGGCACCUGUGGAGGAUCCUGAAGGUGAUUUGGAGAAGGGGAAAAGCGGCCGACCAGUGGAGGCAUGCUGAGGGAGUUUGGAUCCCCAAAGAGGAGAACUCACGAGACAUGAGUGAUCAGUUUCGAUCCAUCCCCCUGCUGAGCGUGGAAGGGAAGGUGUUUUUUAGCAUCGUCUCACGAAGACUGACCGAGUUCCUCCUCAAGAACAGCUAUAUUGACCCAUCAGUUCAGAAGGGAGGGAUCUCUGCUCCUGGCUGCUUGGAACACACUGGGGUCAUCACGCAACUCAUCAGAGAGGCCCAUGAGAACAAAGGCGACCUAGCUGUGUUGUGGUUGGACCUGGCCAACGCCUACGGGUCCAUACCACACAAGCUGGUUGAGCUCGCUCUCCACCUCCACCAUGUUCCCAGUAAGAUCAAGGACCUCAUCCUGGAUUAUUAUAAUAACUUCAGGAUGAGAGUUACUUCUGGGUCAGAGACAUCGGACUGGCAUCGCAUUGGGAAAGGGAUAAUUACAGGCUGCACCAUCUCUGUUGUCCUCUUCUCCCUAGCCAUGAACAUGGUGGUCAAGUCAGCUGAGAUGGAAUGCAGAGGGCCCCUGACCAAGUCAGGUGUACGACAGCCCCCCAUCAGAGCCUAUAUGGAUGACCUCACCGUAACAACCAUGUCGGUCCCGGGGUGCAGGUGGAUCCUGCAAGGGCUCCAAAAGCUCAUCACCUGGGCAAGGAUGAGCUUCAAGCCCUCCAAAUCACGAUCCAUGGUGCUGAAGAAGGGGAAGGUGAGUGACAAGUUCCGCUUUUCCAUCUCAGGAACUGUCAUCCCAACCAUCACGGAGCAACCCAUGAAGAGUUUGGGGAAACUCUUCGACUCCACCCUGAAGGACUCAGCAGCCAUCCAGAAGGCCAGCUUAGAACUUGGAACCUGGCUCACCAAGGUAGACAAGUCUGGCCUGCCUGGUAGGUUUAAAGCCUGGAUCUACCAGCAUUCAAUCCUGCCCUGCAUCCUGUGGCCCCUGUUGAUUUAUGCAGUCCCAAUAACAGCAGUUGAGUCCCUAGAGAGGAAGAUCAGUGGCUUUCUUCGAAAGUGGCUUGGACUUCCUCGCAGCCUUACCAGUGCUGCCCUGUACGGAACGAGUAACAUCCUGCAGCUUCCUCUCAGUGGUCUCACAGAAGAGUUCAUGGUGGCACGCACCAGAGACGUUCUACAGUACAGGGACUCAAAGGACUGCAAAGUGUCAGCAGCCGGCAUCGAGGUGAGGACAGGAAGGAAGUGGAAGGCAUGGGAAGCAGUGGAGCUGGCAGAGUCACGCCUAAGACAGAAGGCAUUGGUAGGCACUGUGGCAACAGGCAGAGCAGGCUUGGGUUACUUCCCAAAGAUCCUCAUCAGCCAGGCCCAUGGGAAGGAAAGGCACCACCUGAUCCAGGAGGAAGUCAGAGCGGGUGUGGAGGAAGAGUGGGUGAGCAGGGCAGUAGGACUGUAUGCUCUGCCAAGUCCAGCGAACCUCCAUGUGUGGGGGAAAAGUGAGACACCUUCCUGCCCACUGUGCUCUGGUAGAGGCUCUUUAGAACACCUCCUCAGUGGCUGCCCAAAGGCUCUGGCAGAUGGUCGCUAUCACUGGCGCCAUGACCAGGUGCUUAAGGCAGUCGCUGAGAGCAUAGCCUCAGCCAUCAGCUCUAGCAAGAACCAUCAUGCUCCAAAGAAGGCAAUCUCCUUUGUUAAAGCUGGAGAAAAACCCAGAGCAAACCAACAUGCGACAUCAGGACUACUCCACACAGCAGCUGACUGGCAGUUGCAGGUUGACCUGGGUAGGCAGCUGAGGUUCCCCCAGCACAUCGCAACAACAUUCCUUCACCCAGAUAUGAUCAUGACCUCUCAGUCUUCGAAACAGCUGAUCAUACUGGAGGUGACAGUGCCCUGGGAAGAAAACAUCGAGGAGGCCAAUGAGAGGAAGAGGGCUAAGUACCAGGAACUGGUGGAGGAGUGCAGGGAGGGAGGCUGGAAGAUGGUCUACGAGCCCAUAGAGGUAGGCUGCAGGGGAUUUGCAGGGCGGUCUCUGUGCAAGGUCCUCAGCUGCCUGGGCAUCGUAGGAGCGGCAAAGAAGAGGGCCAUCAAGUCCGCAAGCGAAGCCGCCGAAAAGGCCACCAGGUGGCUUUGGGUGAAGAGGGCAGAUCCGUGGGCUGCUACUGGGAUGCAAGUCGGGGCUUGAUCACCCCCGGCUGGG